GCAUUAUGCAUUUAAAAAUUUUAGAAAGGGUAUGCGAACUGUGCGGCCUUCCACAAUAAGCGCAUGUCUUUGCCUUCUUUUCGCUUAGCUAUUUACAUAAUUGGCAACACAGUUGGCCCUGAAUAUAGUCUCCAUCUAUAAAGUAUUUCGAAGAGAUCAGUGUUUAAAACCCUAUUCUAUUUAAAUGUUAAAAUGUUACCGAAGAAUUCACCAGGCCGUCGGCGUUUGAUUUCGCAAGUCAACGGUGAGGUGGGAAGAUAUACUGGAUUUGCCCCGAGACUCUUCCAUUUCCUGAACGUGAACUUAGGCUUCGUCUCCUACAGAAAUCCUCAAUUUCUUCCCGAAAUGAAGUACCAACUGACGGACUCGGAGGCGUUUGUUAAUUUGAUCAAAUGUACUCUUGGCACGGGUGUUUUGGCUCUGCCCAGAGCCUACUGUAACACUGGCUGGCUGCUGGGCCUGGCAGGCUCAAUUCUAAUCUCCUCCCUUCUGUUGUAUGCUAUGCAUGUGUUGCUCAACGACAUCAACCUGACUCGCAAGCGCUAUAAAAUGACAAUGCUCAGCUACAGCGAGGCCAUGCAUUUGGCUAUCUUGAAUGGACCCUAUUGGAUCCGGCCUCUGAGCAAGUACUUUGCCCGACAGGUGGAUGCAUUUCUGUGCAUUUAUCACUUUGGCGUGGAUGUGGUGUACGUCGUGUUUAUUGGCAAGAAUCUCAAGGAGUUGGGCGACGAUUAUCUGCCGCCCAUCGACACGCGCAUUUAUAUUGCCCUCAUGACGCUGCCUCUAAUCCUAACCUUCCUCAUACGCAACCUCAAGUAUCUGGUGCCACUGGCCGUCAUCUCAAACCUCUUUAUGAUUGUUGGUGUUGGAAUUGUUGUUACCUAUUUAUUAGUCGAUUUGCCCGAUUUGGAGGAGCGACGACCCGUGCAAAGUUUAUCCCAAUUGCCGUCAUUCUUUGGCACCAUUAUGUUUUCGGUUAAUGCGAUAGGCGUGACACUCCAACUGCAAGUAAAUAUGCGACAGCCAGAAAAUUUUAUGGGCACGUGUGGCGUACUGAAUCGGGCCAUGUUUAUCUCAAUUGCGUUCUACACUGCCUUCGGUUUCUUGGGCUAUUGGAAGUACGGAGAUGAUACUGCGACAUACAUUCUCAAAAAUCUACCGGACGAAACCCUAUCCAAGUGCGCCACUGCCCUAUUUGUUAUGGCCAUAUUUUGUAGCUAUGCCCUGCAGGGCUACGUGACCAUUGAGAUUAUCUGGCACAGCUACAUGACACCCAGGCCAAUGGAUAGCGCCACACUGUGGGUAGAGUAUCUGAUGCGCAUGGCCAUGGUGGUGGCAUCAGUUCUGUGCGCCAUUGCCUAUCCAGACUUCGGUCUGCUCCUCUCGCUUGUCGGCUCCUUCUGCCUGUCCCAGCUGAGCCUGAUUUAUCCAGGCAUUAUCAAUAUAUGCGUCUGCUAUAGUGACGGAUAUGGACCCUUGAAAAUUAUGUUCUGGCGCUCUUUGCUUUUCAUCGCAUUGGGCUUUUUCGGAGGCAUUGCUGGCACUAUGGCCUCAGUAGCAGCCAUCAAGCAAAAAUAUGACAAUCGCAUUUUAUAUUUUUUUAUACUAAUACUGGAUAAAAGUAGUAUCGACUUGGGUUUACCUGCACAUAUAUAG